AUGCCACCCCAACGUGGUUCACUACAGCCAACAUCAACACUCUUCACAUCCACAACAACAAUCAUCACAUCCCCCCUCUACAUCCAGCUCUACCACCCAAACACAAUGAAUCGAGCAGGAGGUUUGUUGGGACAACCACGGCAAUCUACGGUACCGCCAGGAUACCGCGCCGCGCAGCCGACUGCUGGCGGUGCCAAUGGCAUGUUCUACGGCGGGCCCGCGAUGCAGAACCGUGGGACUGGCCUCAUGGGGCAGGGCGCGCUCGGCGGCUUCCCCCCAUCCAGUGGCCUUGGACGCAGCGGACCACCAGGAAUUAGUGGACGAGGAGCGGAUCCAAACGACUUUCCCGCACUCGGAAGCCAUAACCAGCACGGCAACAACUCGACAUACGCGUCUCAAGCCCAGCCCAGCCAAGGCGGAUCAAGUCACCUGCAGCAGCAGAUGUACAACCUGCACAUCGGACAAGGACAGGGACAAAUGGACUCGAUGGCGCCUCCACCGCCGCCAGGUCUGUCUGGACCCACAAGCUCGUCAAACCAGCCGAAUGGUGCGGGAGAAGGGUUGCGAGACGACUUCCCCGCAUUGGGAGUGGGCGAGAAGGAGAGAAUGGCUGGUGUGCUUAAGAUUGGAGGAGGAUCAAACCAACCCAGCUCGCCACAGCAGUCACUCAACGGCCCCGGCUCGUCCCAUUCUGCAACCCCCGCAAACAUGGGCCAGGGGCCACCAUCCGCGACGGGAGAGUCGUGGACAAGGCAGUCACCAACGCGUACCGAUCCGCUACUGCGGCAGCAGGUCCAGCAUCCCGUUCAGCAGAUCUUGUCGUCGCCUGUCGACAAGUGGGGCCUCAAGGCGCUCCUGCACCAGAUCCGUCAACAUAUGGGCAAGGACGACCGCGGCAUGCUCAUGUUCGGCGAGGACCUCGUCGACCUAGGGGUUGAUGUGUCAAGCGCAGAACCUUUAUACCAGUCGUUUGUGACGCCAUGGGCUGAGCCGAGUCAAUCGCAGCAGCUGCAAAUCGAGGACAUGUUCGUCAUCCCGGGCUGCUACCACGUCGUGCCGCCACCAGUCGAGAGCAAGAUGUCCAAUUUCUCCGAGGAGACGCUCUUCUUCCAGUUCUACUCGGCACCGCAGGACAUGCUCCAGCUCAUGGCUGCCGAGGAGCUCUACAAUCGCGGCUGGCGCUUCAACAUGGAGGCGCGCGUCUGGAUGACCUCGCCUCUGCUCUCGCAGAUCGACAUGCACGGUGACCUGUCCCAGCACCCUCCGGUCGUGCGCGGCAACUUAACCGUCUUCGAACCGUCGUCCUUCACCAAGCGCGACACGCGCGAGCUCCCAGGCGGCGAGGAGUACCCCGUCGAGCUCGUCCAUUUGGAGGCGACGCGCCGCGCGUCCGAGAUUGCCACUGAACAGGCCAAGCCGCGCAAGGACUCUGUCCGGUCCCCCGAAGACAACAACUCGAGCCUGCUGGCCUCGAACACCCAGCACUUCCAGAACAUGGCGGUGGCGCACUAG